UGGCUCUUCAUUUCAAAUUUAAAAUAUAUUCUCUGCUACUGUGGAAAAACUGGUUCCUUUUAAGCAAAACUACGUUAAAAAAAAACGCCUCUGAAUGCCUCCCUGCAUGUGUAUAUUUGUUGCUAAUGUGUACUGGAGUGGUGAAAAGUGAAAAAAUAAGGACAAAAAAAAAAAAAGAACAAAUAAACAAUCAAACAACCCAGUAACCACAAAUGCAGGUUGGUUGUGGUCCUUCCUUACACCCAUCACUAGACUUUGGUAUCUCAGGCCCAUUCUGAUGGUGGUGGAAGCAGCGGUCAGGCUGAUAACAGGAGCUGUGGGACAGGCUGGUAACAGCUGGGCUUGGUGCCAGGCUGCCCCUAAUCUCUGCUGUGCCAAAAGUUGCUCAGAGCCAACCCUUCCCCACGUCUCCUCUCUCCCUUGUGACACGUGCUGCUAAUCUGCAGCAGCAAACGUCUGUCCCUGGGAAGUGUACUUGAGAAGCUAACAGGCUCAAGGUUUCUCAGCAAUGAAGCAUGACAGAGCUGCAAACAAAACCUAGAGAGAAACGUGGUUUUCAUACAGGUUUGGUACGAUGGGAGAUGUGAGGCCACAUAGAAGCACUCUUAGCGAGGGCCAGAAAAGAGGCAUAAAAGCACUUCUACAAAGCACUGGGAUUCCUUGUGUCACAUGCAAUAGUAAUAAAGGCUGCAUUAGGAAUUGCUUCAGAGGAGGCAUAUGACUCCCAGGAGAUAUUUUUAGCAAGAGACAAAAACAAUGUUUCGUGAUUCUAUAUUGCAUAUUUCCUUCACUUCCCUUUUUUUUCUUUCUUUUUUUUUUCUUUUUUUUUUCUUCUUUUUUUCCCGCUGCUUGUGAAAUGCCCUGAAAUGCCCUCAGUGAGUGCUGCUGAAAUUAUGUUGCCAAACAUUUUGGACAAAAAAUUGGGGUCUUUGGCUUCUCCAUAAAUCUUAGUUAUUGUAAAUUAACACAUUGGAUAUGUUAAGUAACAUUUAUUUGCUGUUAGUUGCUCUCUGACACCUUGUGUCCUUGCAGCCCCCAAUCAGAACCCAACAGAAGGGCUGUGGGGGGUCAGGCUCCAUGUUGGGAAAAGGCUUCUGCACCAAAGGGUGGUGGGCACAGCCUUGACCUGUUGGAGUUCUUUACUUACAGAUCUUUAUUUACUUUACGUGUUACUGUAUUAUGGAUCUUGCUUUUAAUGACAGUUUAUAGCUUGGCAGGGAGUGACAGAGCGUUUCCUAGCUCCUUUUUGUGAUGCUGCUGCGUUGCUAAACUUUGUCUUGGAAGUAGUUAUCUGCUCCUGCAUUGGCUGGUGGGAAAGUGGAAGUCAUCUGUGGUAGGGAAGUCUGGAAUAAGCUGAUUUUUCUCUUGUAACAGAAUGAAAGCUCAUAGAUUCCUUAUCAUUAGUAACCCAUAAUGUGGUAAAAGUUACUUUCAAAAAGCCUAGUCCUUGCAGUGCCAUCUUUUCAUGCAAAAUAACCAAAAGUGCUUUCCUAAUUAUAGUUCUUUCUCCUAUCCUUAUAAAUAACACUAGCAAAGCAGUGUCAGUCAUCUGACAUAAAAAAAAUACUCUGUUUCCAGAAGACAGUCCAUCCUGGGCUUCUGUUGCUCAGUGAUAUUGGCCCUGUUUAUCAGCAGUCACGUUUCACUCAGGCUUGCAUUAUUUCCUUGAGUGCAGUGAAGCAUUUCACGCUAUGGGCGUUAUAGCUAAUUGCACCAGAACUGGGAUUUCAAUCCAGCAUUUUCCUGGAGAAUUCCAAUGCUACACCUCAGAUACAAGAAAAUAAGAAAAACAAUAUAAGAAAUAUUGUCUUUCUUAGUGGUGGGAGAGAGGAGUGGGGACAGAGAAGGCGUCUGUGCAAGUUGGUCACUGGUUGACCCAGUUCUCAGAUUGGCUGAAAAUUAUGGAUUCCUAUAUUCCUGAGCAGCACACAGGGAAUUGGGAGUGCACUGUUAUGUUCAGGUCUUACAAAGUAUUUUUUCUUGCUGGCUGUGUCCCUCUUCUUCAUGCAGUUGUACACUGCAAAUGAUGCUUAAUAGUGAACUGCAAGUUUGCCAGGCAGCGUGCUAAUGUUGUCAUUAUAGGGAAUUAUUGCUCAGAAGCUGUUAUUGUUUUUAUUAUGGAUGUUGCAGUGUGUGACUUUCAUUACGAGUAGUUUAUGUGGUAGAAGCAGAGGUACUUAGUGCUGUUCAUUUUUGCUUGUACUCUUCCUACAUGAAUAUGUGUUUCUACAUACGAUAUACGUAAAAUCAUUAAGCACCAAUGCGGUGCACACAGUCUGGAGUCACACUGCUGCACAAAGAACUGGAAUUAAGUGUUGUGUGUAUGUGACAAUUGUCUCUUCCAAAUGGUGAGUAGAUGCUUUGCCUCCUUGUGAAACAUCUGAUGAGCCACUUGUGAGGAGUCAGCUACUCCCCUUGCUGGCAGAGUGACAGUCCCAGCAGUAUAAAAGGGCCCUGAGGGGCAGACUGUGCUGGGAGGAGCUGAUACAGCAGCAGAACGAGGGCUUCUCCUAGGGACUGCAGCUGGAAAAGCUGUGCUAGGUUGUAGCUACCAACACUUAAGCUACACAAAAUGCGUGAGAUCGUGCACCUUCAGAUUGGCCAGUGUGGAAACCAAAUUGGAGCUAAGUUCUGGGAGGUGAUAAGUGAUGAACAUGGAAUUGAUAUUGCUGGAAACUACCAUGGGAAUGCAUCGCUGCAGCUUGAGCGAAUUAACGUGUACUUCAAUGAGGCUUAUUCCCAUAAAUAUGUGCCCCGUUCUAUCUUGGUGGACCUGGAGCCUGGUACAAUGGACAGUGUACGAUCUAGCAAAAUUGGCCCACUAUUUCGACCUGACAAUUUUAUUCAUGGUAAUUCAGGUGCUGGAAACAACUGGGCUAAGGGCCAUUACACAGAAGGAGCUGAACUGAUUGAAAAUGUCAUGGAUGUGGUCAGGAACGAGUGUGAGAGCUGUGACUGCCUGCAGGGAUUCCAGCUCAUCCAUUCUCUUGGGGGUGGUACGGGCUCAGGUAUGGGCACGCUCCUCAUCAACAAAAUCAGAGAAGAAUAUCCCGACAGAAUUAUGAACACUUUCAGCGUUGUUCCUUCACCCAAAGUCUCUGACACAGUUGUAGAGCCCUAUAAUGCCAUCCUCUCCAUCCAUCAACUAAUAGAGAACACAGAUGAAACCUUUUGCAUCGACAACGAAGCACUAUAUGAUAUAUGUUUUAGAACUUUAAAGCUCACCAAUCCCACCUAUGGUGACCUCAAUCACUUGGUGUCCCUAACAAUGAGCGGUGUUACAACCUCACUCCGUUUUCCUGGUCAGCUGAAUGCAGAUCUGAGGAAGCUGGCUGUUAACAUGGUGCCCUUUCCUCGCCUGCAUUUCUUUAUGCCAGGCUUUGCUCCUCUAACAGCACGAGGUAGCCAGCAGUACAGAGCCCUCUCAGUGCCAGAGCUUACUCAACAGAUGUUUGAUGCACGCAACAUGAUGGCAGCCUGCGACCCCCGUCGUGGGCGUUAUUUGACUGUGGCAUGCAUCUUCAGGGGCCGAAUGUCUACCAGAGAAGUGGAUGAACAGUUACUGUCUGUCCAGACCAAGAACAGCUCCUACUUUGUGGAGUGGAUCCCUAAUAAUGUCAAAGUAGCUGUGUGUGACAUACCGCCGCGAGGACUGAAGAUGGCAGCUACCUUCAUUGGCAACAACACGGCCAUUCAGGAGCUCUUCAUCAGGGUUUCUGAACAGUUUUCAGCUAUGUUCAGAAGAAAAGCGUUUCUCCAUUGGUACACUGGAGAAGGCAUGGAUGAGAUGGAGUUUUCUGAAGCAGAGGGAAACACCAAUGACCUUGUUUCUGAGUACCAGCAGUACCAAGAUGCCACUGCAGAUGUUGAGGAAUACGAAGAAGUGGAAGCUAGCCCAGAAAAGGAAACAUAAAAACAAUGGCAGUAUAAAACAUUCUCCAAGUAAGCCUGUUGUCAUUCACUAAAGGAAAAGCACCAGCCACAAGCCACGUAACAAAAAUAACACCUUCCUUAAGAUUAUUUUCCUCUCCAAAGUUACAAUACAGUGCUUUUGAAAUUAACAGCAGGUAUGCUCUACUUUCCUGUCUACACUAAAUCACUCCCAGAAAUGAUCCACUAUGAAGACAGGUUCCCUCCUAACAGUCUUGUAAAUGUAUUCCCUUCUGGAAUAUUAUUGCUAGAUAUACAAUAUACAGCCUGUGUGUGUGUAUUAGGAUCACAAGCAAUUGCAAAAGAUGUUAUAAACUUGUCAGAUUUACUUAUUUUCAGGUAACCACAGUCCAUGUUCUGCUUGUGAACUUGCUGCUGUGUUGGGAACACACACGUGUAGGGCCUAUAAAGGCAGCAUGCCAUCAUGCACUCUAGAGAUGCAUCUAGAGCUGCAGACAAUUUCAGUUCCUUUAGCAGCAGAAUGAAGGGGAAAAACAAAUGACUAAAUAUUCACUUUUUUUAAAUUUUGUUAAGAGGAUGUAUUUUAAUAGUUCUGUCACAUUGCUGGUUUGCAUUACUGCAGAGCUUGUACUCAUUUUGUGGCUUAUUUCAAUUUCAAACUAUAGCUUCAGUUACACUGGCAUACCAAGUUGUAAACAGUUUAACAGUU